AGCCAAGCUGUGGGCCAAUGAAUGGAGGCGCAGAUGCAAGCGGAGGAGACCACUUUUUAGGAACCGAGGCACACCGACCAGAGUGCUUACAAUCAGACUCCGGCUCUAAUCUGCAAACGGCACCGAAAUGGAGAACAAAGUGACAGAUUUCUCUGGGAAAUGGAAAAUGAAGUCAUCGGAAAACUUCGAGGAGCUUCUGAAAGCUCUCAGUGUCAACGUAUUCCUGAGGAAGAUCGCGGUGGCCGCGGCCUCCAGCCCGGCAGUGGAAAUCACUCAGCAAGGAGAAACCCUGUCCAUCAAGACAUCCACCAGCGUCCGCACCACCAACGUGUCCUUCACCGUGGGUCAGUCCUUCAGCGAGGCAACAGUGGACGGACGGCCCUGCACGAGUUUUCCGAAGUGGGAGACAGACCGAAAGAUUAGCUGUGAACAGACUUUACUCAAAGGCGAUGGACCAAAGACCUCAUGGACCAGAGAACUGACCAACGACGGAGAGCUCAUACUGACGAUGACUGCCGGGGAUGUUGUCUGCACCAGAGUUUAUGAGAGGGAAUGAGGACAUUUUUACUGAGCACUGUAAUACUUCUUUUUGUGCUUCUUGCAUGGUUUUCAUUUACUCGGCUUGGUUUCCUCAUUCCACAUCAGCCUCCCACCCACUCAGUGCCGGUCAAGUCUUUCUGAAAAACAUUGAGCUGGACAGAAAAGGCGAGCUGCAUUUGACAUCAUUUUCUCCUAUCAUAUGGUUUAAUCAUGAUAUACAUUCCAUUUUAGUGCUUUAUCUUUGUGCCUUUAUUCUCGUUGUGAAUGUUAAUAAACUGUUUUAUAUGA